AUGAAUAAUAACAAUAACAGAAAAAACUACAAUAAUAAUUUUUUUAAUGAAAAUGAUAAAAAGGAGUUGUAUAAAAAAAAUUCAAAUGAUUUACCAUCAAGACAUGUAGGAAACAAUAAUGAAAACAUAAAUAAUAAUGCCCAAAAGAUUGGGCAUAAAAGAAAUAAUAAUAUUAGCGGGAACUGGAGUAACUAUAACAACAAUCGAAUGUAUGGAUCUUCAAACGAUUCAAAUAAAGGAAAUAAAAAUAUUCCAAUAAAACGGAAUUUAAUAAAUGGAAAGCCAAAUAAAAGUAUGGAACAUAUAAAAAAUAAUAUUAUUAGAAAUAAAAUUAUAAAAAAUUAUAAUUUCUCUAGUAACACUUCCUCUAAUAAUGUAUAUAAUAACAGUGUCCAUAAAAGUGAAUUCAGAAAAAUCUCAGAGAAUAAUCAACCUCCCCUGAUUCAACAACGUCCAAAAAAUUCACACUUUGAUGAUAAUAAAAAAAUAACACAAGAAAAUAAAAGCGUCUAUAAUGUGCACAACCUAACUAAUAGUAACUUUAAAAAUGUUGGGAAUGACAUGCUGAGUGCAAAUAAUAAUAUUUAUAAUAAUCCUGAUUUUUUUAAAAAAAAUGAAAAUUCAAAAAAGGGGUUAAUAAAUAAUAAUUCAAAUGUGCCAUUAAUGGAAAGGAAGGAUAAAAAUAAAAAAGUAUAUGAUUAUUCACAAAGUUCAUAUUUUAAAGGGUACAACAACAUAAAUAAAGAAAAAAAAAACAAUACGUAUUUUCAAAAUAGUGAAUCUGAUACUGGUCUUUCACAAUAUUCAAGUGGUAGCCUUUACAAUAAAAAUAAUGAACCGCUAUAUGGAAAUAAUGUAACAAAAAAGUUAUAUAAUAAUAAAAUAGUUUCAAAUCAUAUCAAAUUUGAUAAUCCCCAAAAUGAAAAUUAUAACUUUGGUACUGAAACGGAAUCACGAGGUUUAUACUCUAAUAAAAAAGAUAAUGAUACAUAUAAAAAUGUGUCAGAGAAUAUGAAUAAUUAUGGUGUACAAGCAAAUAAUUAUUUACCUGGUAAACCUUCCGAAAGCCAUAACAAAAACAUUAGCAAUAUUGAUAAAUCAGAUGGCAGUUUGGAAAAAAAAAUAUAUCAAACUAUAAGUAAUAAUAAAGAAGCUCUUAAUAUUUUAUCAAAAUAUUUUAAGAACAUAAAUGGAAAUAUGGAUCCAGCAACUUUAAAUAAUAUAAUAUUAGAGUGUAAAAAUAAUAAAGUUUUAGCUAACAUUUUAAAUGGAAUCAAAGAAGAAAUGAGCAAUAAUAGUUUAGACAAGUUGAAAAAUGUAUCACAUGAUAAACGACUUUUUAAAAGCUCAGACCUUGAUGACAUUAAAAAUAAGUGGAAUAUGUGCAUAAUAAAAUAUAAAGAUAAAAAUGUUUACAACAUAUUUAAUAAUGUUGAAAAUAGUUUAAAUGCAAAUACAAAAAAUGUAGAAAUAUUUAAAUCACCAUUAUUUUGUAAUAAUAAUUAUUAUUUAUCAAAAAAUAUAUUUUAUAAUAAUUAUAAAAUUGUACUAAUACAUAAUGUGAAAUAUUUAUUAUUAGAAAACAUUUUUAAUUUUAAAACUGGAUCUGAAAAAAAAAGCAAUUCCAAUGUAUCUGUGGAAAAUUCUGAUAAUAAUAAGACCAAUGUCAGUGAUCCUACUUCACCCCUUUCAACUAUUUCAUAUGCUGAUUCGAGCUUUGAUAACUUUUGUCUUUUUUUUAAUAAUUUUUAUCAAACAUCUGAAUGGUACAGAAAUAAAUUAUUUUUUUUUCUUGUAUAUAAAAUAAUAAUAAUGGAUGAAGAGGAAGAAGAAUAUCACAGUUACUAUAGUAUUUUUUUUAAAAUCCUAGACAAAAAUACGUUUGUUUUUUUUUUAUCAGUCUUGAUUAAUAUAAUCAAAAAUUAUUCUCUAAAACUAAAAUACAUGAUUAAUGUUAUAGAAAGAUUGUUACCAGUUUUAGCUAAAAAAAAAGAACAAAAAAAAAAAAACAUAAAAAACAGCCAAAAUAAGCAUAAUUCAGUACCAAAUAGCUAUACAGGAUCGAGCACAAAAAAGUACAUCCUUUUUAAUAUACUUUAUUUUAAAUUACUUCGCUUGUUAUUUUAUAAAAUUGAGAAUUAUUAUAUUCAAAAAAAACAUUUAUUAUUAUUAUUUUUGAGAUAUAUAAAAAAUUUCUUAUUAAAUAUAUGUAACUCAACUAUAAUUAUACAAUACUUAUUUAUUAAGUGUAUCGAUUUAAUGAAUAAAUAUAAUAACCAACAAUAUAUUUUAAUUAAAACAAUAUCUAUGGAAAUAUUAUUACAAUUAUGGAAUAAUGAAUUUUUAAAACUACCUAUUUUGAAAAUGGGGAAAUCAAUAAUCAGAUUUAUUAUUUUUAUAAGUAAUGUAGAAUAUGUAAAUAAAAAUAUAUUCCCUUUUAUUAUAUCCUCUAUCGAAACACCUAAUCAAACUGAUGCCCAUAACUAUAUUUCAUCAUCAAUCCAAAACAAUAAAUAUUAUAAACAAAAAAAAAAAAGAUUAAAGCAUUUUUUAUAUUACUUCAAACAUCACAAUGUUUUAUCAUUAUAUCAUGAUGAAGAACAAGUCAAUAAAACGACUAUAUCGUUUGAAGAAAAUGUAGAAGAUACAAAAGUGGAUUCUCCGAUAAAUCUUGAACAAAAUACAAUUUAUGGGAAUACACUUUUUGAUUUAAUACUUCAAAUAAAAGGCAGUUUUAAUUAUUUCAAUAUUUUAAUAUCAAAGAAAGAAAAAAUGUGUCUUGAUUUUUUACUUAACAUGGAUAAUUUAAACAACAAUUUUCAUUUCAACUUAUUUUAUGACUCAUUUGUACAUACCAAUUUAGCAAAUCUGGUGAAUGAAAAUAAGUUGGUUUACUACUUUGAAUGGCUUCUAAGUAGCGAUAAAGUUGAAAAAUGCAAACAAAAUGAAGAAGACAAGGAAAAUUAUUCUAGUAUGGGAAUAGAAAUAAAAGGAAUUGCCUCAUUGAAUGAGGAGCUAAAGGAAGAAAGUAAUUACACUUCUUUACAAAAUAAAAGACGAAAUAAUUUUAUAGAAAAUGAAAACAGUUUUGCAAAAAAAGUAAAACACAAUGAUAUUGUAAGUGAUAAUAAUGACUCCUGUACAAUGAAUGAUGAAAAUUUAUUAAAUAAUUAUGAAGGUAUAGAAAACAAAAAUUGUAAUAACCAAACAAAUGAAAAAGUAAUAUAUUGUUUGUAUGAAUUAUUUAAAAAAAAUGAUGGGAUAUUAUCAAAAAUAUAUUGUUCCCAUAUAAAGUUAAGUUUUUUUUUUAAUAUUUUUUUUUACAAAAGUAAUGAAAUGAGUAGAAUAUUAUCAAGCUCUUUAUCUACUUAUAGUAGAAAAUAUAAAAAUUUUAAAAGAGAUAAUCAAAAGGUUAUAAAAUUUAUGAACAUUAAUAAUAUUACACAUUUUUUAAUAAUUAAAUUUAUGUUAAAAUAUGUAAAUAAAAUAAAAUGUAAUGAUGACAGUGCAAAUAUAAAUGACAUAAAAAAUAAAGAAAUGGCUUCAAGUUUAGACAAAGAUAUAUUUGCUUGUUAUAAAAUUUUAGAACAUUCUUUGAAAACAGAUAUAAACAAUACAAAUAGUUUUUUAAAUUAUAUAAAUAAGAUUAUAUUACAUUUAUAUGAAAAAAAAAGAGAAAACAUUGUUUUAAGUUUAAUUAUAUCUUUUAGUAUUUACAAUUUCAUAUCAUAUAUUGAAAGAAGUGAUAAUAAAAAAGCAAUUAUAGAAAAUAUGGAAGAACUUAAAUUUAUUGAUAUAGUUAAUGGAAUUUAUCAACAUUGUCUUAUUGGACAACUCUUAAAAGGAAAUAACUAUUUUAUAGAUAAUGAAACAAACACUAUAAAUAUAGAUGACAUAUAUAAUUAUGAAUUAACAAAUCAUAUGAAAAUGAUUCCAAAAAAUAUUAAUAAAGAAAUAUUUGAUCUUGUUAAUUAUAAAAAAUAUAUAUUUCAAAAAGGAAAUUAUAAAAAAAUUGAAGCUAUAAAAAUUUCUAAAAAAAAUAUGGUAAAUAAUUUAUAUACAUCUGAAAUAUUAAAUUAUAUUUAUUAUAAUGUCUUAUAUAUUAUUAUUCAUUUAAUUAUGAAUAUACGAUUUUAUUAUACUAUAUUUUUUAAUACUUACAAAAAAAAUAUUUAUAAUUUGUCAACCAAAAUUUGUUUUAUCUUUAAAUCUGAGGACCAAGGAAAAUACACCAUCACGACUUCAGACAAUGAUACUCAAAAUUUAGGAGACAAUCCAUAUUUAGACAAUUUCUUUUCACAAGCAAAUCAAAAAAAUAUUCCCAACCCUGAUAAUAAAUAUAUUUUGUUAAAAUUCCAAAGAGAAAAUUAUCAUAAUUAUGUAGAAAAAAAAAAUAAAAUAAUAAAAUAUUACAAAAGUGUUAAAAAAAAUAUAAUUAAAAAUUUAAAACAAUAUAUAUUCGUAAACAAUUCUCAUAACUAUAUCAAAGCUUAUAUGCGAGAUUCUUUGUAUUUUGAUAUUUUAUUUGAAUUUUACAAGUCUCCAAUUUUUAUGCAAACAAUAUCUCUAUGUCUUUGCUCUAAUAAUGGCAAUUUUAAUAAGCUCGAUUUUAAUUUAAACAUUCUAACCCAAAUAAAUGACAUAUUUUUCUUUGUUAAGCAAGUUAAUAAAAUUGUUUAUUUGGUUGUACAUAAAGGAAUAUCUAUUCAUAAAGAAAUUUCAUGCAUCCUAAAUAAUUGCAUUCUUAGUGAUAAAGAUUGUAAUAAAUUUUGUGUUGAAUUUGUUUUUUAUGAAAUAGUUACUACUUCCUACAGUCUCAACGAGCACACAAAAUGUGGUACUGUAAAUGAUAAACCAAACUGCAUUAAUAAUGAAACAAAUGAAAAGGCUAUGUGUUUUCAGAAUAUUUACACAAGUGAUGACAACGAAGAUGAUGACAAUCGGAAUGGGGUUGAAGUAAAAACAAAUAAUUCAAAUGGUUGUACUUCUCCAGAAUUUGGAAAAGACAACAAUUGGCUAUUCCGUUUUAGCUACAAAAAGGAUAAGAAAGAAAGAGCUGUCCAUUUUAACGAGCUUUUAGAUUAUAUUGUUUACUCAAUUAAUAAUAGUUACAAAAAAGAACGGAUAUUAUUUUGGUGUGAAUUUUUUUAUAGUCUUAAAAACUUUGGGAUAAUUAAUUUUCAAAUAUUUUUUUAUUUAUGCUCAAUGUUAAAGAUGGCUAGAAAUAUGGAGAACAAAUUUAAAAAUAAACAAGUUGGAAUAAUGAAAAAAAAAAUAAAAAUUGUAGAAAAAAUAUAUAUAUUAUAUUUAUUUAAAAUUGGAUUUAUUUUAAAUAUGAGCAUAUAUGAAACAUUUGAUUUUUUAUUUUCCAUAAUUACAAUCAUAUUUAAUUAUAAUUUUUUUAAUUUUUAUAUGGUUAAAAAGGUUUAUAAGAUUGAUAAGGAUAAAGAAAGUGUAGCAAAAUUAUUUGCAUCCUAUAUAGAGAAAGAAAUGGAAAAUAUUAUUUAUAAUUAUGAUCAAGCAAUAUUUAUUGAUGCAAUCAAAUAUAUAAAUGACUCUAUAUUUUUACGAAAAAUUAUAAAAAAUUUGGUACUUAAAAGUUAUUCAUAUAUUAAUAUAAUUAUGCAUAUUUUACCCCUCAAAAAUAUUAUUAUAGAUAUGAAUAAUAUAACAUAUUUACAAAUACAAAAUGACAAAAAUAAUAAAAUAGAAACACUUUUAGAACAAUAUAAAUAUCACAAAUUUAAAAAAAUAACAACACAAACAAAAAUAGAUACUUUAGAUGAAGAAUGCGAUAAAGAUUAUAAUGAAACUUAUGAAGAAUCGAUGGGCUCAGAAAAAUUUAGUUCAUCUUCUAACGAUGAGUUUGAAAAGUUGGAUAAUUCUUUGGAAUAUUUUUCAAGCCAUCUUAAUAAUAAUAACACAAAUACUAAAAAGUUGAAUAGUCUUGAAAAUGAUCAAAUAAAUAAUAUUAAGAAAAUGUGGAUUUUCAAAAUUUUUCAAAAUUUUUAUUUCAAAUCAUUUACUUUUUAUAAAAGUAAAACAAAAGAUGAUAUUUUUUAUGAAAAUAAAAAAAAAUUGAUAUAUUUCUUUUUUCCAAAAUGUGCUAAAAAGGGUAAAGGUAUAUUAAACAGCUGCAACCCAAUUUUGGAUACCAAAAUUUACGAGAUAAGAAAAAGGCUAGCUAAAGAUAAUAAAUUUCGAUCUAUGUCUAGGCAAGCCAUUUUACUAAAAUGGAUAUGCUUACGACUAUUCAUUUUGCAUAAAUAUAAAUAUAAAACAAUGAAUAAUAUCCAAAUAUUUAAUUAUAUAUAUAUAAAACUAAAUUUAAUAUAUGAAGAAGAAGAGUUAAUUUGCUUUAACAGUCCAUCCGAUGCUAAUAUUAUUUCUUUAGGCAAUCCAAGUCUUAGAUAUAUUUUUCACAUUUUUUUAUCUCAUAUUAAUAAUAAUUUGAUUUAUUUAAUUAAUAAAUGCAUUAAAAUUUUCAAGAAUGAGGGUGGAACAUAUAUUGACAGAAAUAUAAAUGAGCAAAAUGAGAUAAAUAAAAAAAAACAAAAAAUGAAAAAAAAAAAAGAAAGUACAGCAAUCGAUUGUAUAAACUUUUAUUCUACUAAUUUUUUAUUGGCAUUUUAUCCAUACUUAAUAAAAUCAAUAAUUUCUUAUGAUAUAUUUUUUAAUUUAUUUAAAAUAUAUUUCAGUCUUUACUUAAUAAAUAAGCAUAAUAAUCGGUUAUCUAUACAAUCCCCGAUUUAUAUAAUUCUUUUAAUUUUUUCACAUCAAGUAAAAAUAAGUAAAUAUGUCUUAUUUUCAUAUAUUACUACUCUUGUAAACUUUAUGCAUUCAACUCCUUUAUCAGACAUUUUUUGUCUCGACUCUUUAACCCACCACAUUGUUAUGGACAAUAUCAGAGACAGCAUAGAAUAUUUUAUGAAAAUGGUCACCCAAGAAAAUGCCACAUUCGAUGAUGUAACAAUUAGCUAUGACGCUAAUAGCAUAUCAUUAUUUUAUCAUAUGAUACUUAGUAAUUUUUGA